AUGUUGUCUCCCAAGCUCAUCGUCGGCUCCCUCGCGUUCCUCGCCCUGGCGGCUGCCCAAGAAUCUACAACUUGCCCCGAACUCCCAGAAACCGGAGUUACUAUGGGUGAACCUGUCCCUAUGCAUCCAGAACAUAUUCCAGCUGGGUGCUCUGACUUCGAGAUUCUCGUGGCUCGUGGAACAAGUGAGCCAAACUACGAGGCGGGUGGUGGCAAGUUUGGCAUCGUGGUUGGCGACCCUGUUGUUAGCAAUACAACCCUCAGGCUUCCUGGCGCCAGAGGAUACCCUUACCCUGCCAGCGCCGAGAUCGUUAGCGGUACCAUUCAGGGCUCCCUGGAUGUCGUGAACCGUCUCCGGUCCCAAGCAGCUGCUUGCCCAAACCAGACAUUUGCUUUGGUCGGCUAUUCCCAAGGGGCCGGGGUCAUGCACGCUGCGGCGAAAGAUAUCCCAAUCCGAUUAUACAGCCGAAUCAAGUCCCUUGUCAUGUUCGGAGAUGGCUAUCACCGCCUCGGGGACACUGUCAGCAGGUUCCCCCUCGGUUUGAAUAGCAAGGUGAUGCAAGUUUGUGCCAGUGGUGACCCGGUAUGA